CAUCAAUUUUGGUUAUAUCAUCCGGGCUACGAAUAUAAAUGUAUAACUAAUGUCUCACACGUGUACAUACGAGGACUGAUCGUAUAUCAAGCGUGAGAGAGUUGAUCAUGUCUUUUUUCGUUGAGAAAAAAGAAAAAAAAACAUCAAAUUUAUCUAUAAAAGCACAUCGUCUCAUGUUCUUUUAAUCCACAGAUAAUUUCUCUAGCUCUCUCUCUAGUUUUGUUGGGAUACAGUAUACGUACGAAGACGACCGUUCGUGUGCAAAAAGAUGAGGUGUAGAGCACUUCACGUUGGCAGAAGAAAGAGAGUAACGGUUAAUGUGAGCUCGAGGAAGCUCAUGAGCCGUCUCCGUCGGAUGGUUGCUCCAGAAACGAGUUUUUCCGAUGAAUUUGACGGUGACACACUUUAUCGUCUCACGGCUGAUCACAUUUUGCUUCUCCAAGCAAGAGUCCAACUUCUUCGUCGUAUUUCUUCUCUAUAUGGUCUCUAGAUCGAAGAUCCAUGGCCACCCACACACACACACGUGUGGCUAAAAUAACCGAAGCACGGUAUAAUUGUGGAAUAAACGUUUAUGUUCUCUAUUUAUUUCUUCAAUUAAACAUAUUGGUAAGUCAUAUAUUAAGAUGACGAAGCAGUAAUUUAAUGUAAUGAUGAUGUGCAUUUAUGUUUGUGUUUAUUUUAUUGUGAUUGGUCUUUUUAAUUA